AUGGCAGCAGCUUCAGGCAUCCAACAAUCCGCAUUUGCUGGCCACACUGCUUUGAAGCCACAGAAUGAACUCAUCAGAAAAGUCGGCAACCUGCGCGGCGGCCGCAUCACCAUGAGGCGUACUGUGAAGACUGCUCCGGAAAGCAUCUGGUAUGGGCCAGACAGGCCCAAGUACUUGGGCCCGUUCUCGGAGCAGACCCCAUCAUACCUCACCGGUGAAUUCCCUGGUGACUACGGGUGGGACACUGCUGGGCUGUCAGCCGAUCCAGAGACGUUCGCCAAGAACCGCGAGCUUGAAGUGAUCCACUCCCGUUGGGCCAUGCUCGGCGCUUUGGGCUGCGUCUUCCCCGAAAUCCUGUCCAAGAACGGCGUCAAAUUUGGUGAGGCCGUGUGGUUCAAGGCAGGGUCUCAGAUCUUCUCAGAAGGUGGGCUCGACUAUUUGGGCAACCCGAACCUGAUCCAUGCCCAGAGCAUCCUAGCUAUUUGGGCCACCCAGGUUGUUCUCAUGGGCUUCGUUGAAGGGUACAGAGUCGGAGGAGGCCCACUUGGAGAGGGCCUGGACAAGAUCUACCCUGGUGGGGCGUUCGACCCGUUGGGCCUGGCUGAUGACCCGGAGGCCUUUGCCGAGUUGAAGGUUAAGGAGCUCAAGAAUGGGAGGCUGGCAAUGUUCUCCAUGUUUGGGUUCUUUGUGCAGGCCAUUGUCACUGGAAAGGGCCCAAUUGAGAACCUGUAUGACCAUUUGGCUGACCCAGUGGCUAACAAUGCAUGGGCCUAUGCCACCAACUUUGUGCCUGGAAAAUGA